CAUCCUUCUUGGCUACCCAAUCGUCUCUUCAACACGUGUCGGUUAGAUGGGCCGUGCCAGAAGAUGUAUGGCACACCCCGCGCCAUAGAAGAGCCAAAUCCUCCUUCCUCACCUCUUCGGUUCUCUCUCUCUCUUCCUCUCAGAAAAGAAAAUGGUGAAGCGUCCCGUGAAGUACUGUGUGGUGGAUGCGUUCACUGACACGGCGUUUAAGGGAAACCCAGCGGCAGUGUGUUUGUUGGAAGAAGAAGAAGAAGAAGGGCGAGAUAAGAAGUGGAUGCAAGCUGUUGCCGCCGAAUUCAACCUUUCGGAAACUUGUUUCUUGAUUCCGAUUUCCUCUACCGAGUCUGACGCUAAUGACCUUUCGAAUGACCAUUCUGUCUCGCGGUUCCACCUCCGCUGGUUUACUACUGUAGCUGAGGUCAAGCUUUGUGGUCAUGCAACCUUGGCAUCUGCACAUGUUCUCUUUGCAUCCAGGCUAGCAAGAACAAAUGUUAUCGAGUUUGUCACACUAUCUGGAGUUCUGAUUGCUAAAAGGGUUCCUACACUAACAAAUGUGGAUGCAUCAAAGUUCUCAGAUGGCAAACUAGAAGAGCACUUCUCUAUAGAAUUAGACUUCCCUGCAAUUCCUGUGCUCGAGUGUGAAUCUACAGAUAUUCCAUCACUUCCUGGAACCCUGAAUGGUGCUUCCAUAGUCAAUAUAAGUAAAACAGCUGCAGCCGAUGAUGGUGACCUCAUUGUCGAGCUCUCAUCUGGAAAGACAGUUGCAGAUUUACGACCACAAUUAGAUGAGAUACGAAAAUGUCCGGGAAUAGGGGUCAUUAUUACUGGGCCUGCUCCCGAUGGAUCUGGAUUUGAUAUCUUCACUCGCUAUUUUUGUCCAAAGUUGAAAAUUAAUGAGGAUCCUGUCACUGGAAGCAUACAUUGUGCCUUAAUGCCCUAUUGGAGCAAAAAGCUGGGAAAAUGUGAUCUUGUUGCAUACCAGGCAUCUCCAAGGGGUGGAGUAUUGGAAUUGCAUUUAGAUGAGGCAACCCAGAGAGUACUGAUUCGAGGCAAAGCUGUUGCUGUCAUGGAAGGUUCCCUAUUAGCUUAGCUUAGGAAAUAACUUCUUCUUCCUCUGUUUUUGGGUCAAAACUUCCUCUUUCUUGGAGUUAUAUAUAAAUUGUACCAGUAUUUUGGAAUUUUAAAAGAGUAUGUUUUCUGUUUUUAUGUUCCCUUAAAAUACUUGUAUUUGCAUUGAAUGAAUAAAAAGUGUAACCCAGUGCAUGAGGCUCCCGUUACUGCAGGGUCUGGGAGGGGCAAGUGUAAUGCUAUUGGCUUCUCUCUUUUAUUAA